GCGCCUUUUAGUAAAAUGCAACAGGACUUGGAAAAAAUAGCCAUCGAGGGGCAACCUAAGAGUGGCCAGGCUGUCGUUGUGAACUCGGAAGAAGUUCAAAGUCGACGAAGACAAAGUCGAAGAGAGUUUGGGAGGUUUGGGAUCCGAAAUGCAGCUUCUUCGCUUGCUGCCGUCAGCACUUUUCGGAGCGGCCUUGCUCUGUGCUGUGGUUUUCUUGAAGACUGUGUUGCGUGCCAGGAGGAGCGUCAAGCCCGUGGUAGCGUUUUUCCACCCUUACACGAAUGAUGGAGGCGGAGGAGAGCGCGUGUUGUGGUGUGCCGCCAGAGCAGUCCAGGAGAUGGCGCCGGCUCUGGACAUUGUUGUGUAUACAGGCGAUUCGGCCACGCCUGAGUCACUGGCUGCGCGCGCCCUGGAUCGCUUCGGCGUCAGACUCGUUAAGGCUCCUCUGGUGGUGAAAUUGGACAAGAGGAAGUGGGUGGAAUCUAAGACAUAUCCUCGUUUCACUAUCAUAGGUCAAAGCUUGGGCUCUAUGGUACUGGCAUGGGAAGCAUUGAGCAAAGUAACUCCAUUAAUAUUUUUGGAUACAAGCGGCUAUGCUUUUACUUACGUAUUUGCACGAGCUGCGGGAUCUCUAGUAGUAUGUUAUACACACUAUCCGACUAUCAGCACGGAUAUGCUAAAUCGAGUUCGUGAUCGGACAGCUCUUUACAACAAUGAUAUCCGGAUUUCACGCAGCUUUUUGUUAUCUAUGGCGAAGGUGUGGUACUAUAGAGCAUUGGCGCAGCUUUACGGACUGGCAGGUCGAUGUGCACACUUAGCAAUGGUAAAUUCAUCGUGGACUCGAGCUCAUAUCAAUGCAAUCUGGAGAAUACCUAAUCGUACUGUCUUGGUAUACCCACCGUGUGAUACUCUUACACUCCAGGCACUUCCUCUGGAGCGAUUACCACAGAAGCAAUAUAUCAUAUCUGUCGCUCAAUUCCGUCCAGAAAAGGCACAUGACUUACAGCUGGAAGCAUUUGCGUUGGCACUCGAACAGCUUUCUCUUCAGAAUAUGGAGGCGCGUUUGAAGCUGGUUGGAAGCUGUCGAAAUCAGGAAGAUGAAAAUAGGGUGGAUUCCUUGAAACAGAGAUGUCAAGAUCUAGGCUUGGAGCAGAACGUUGAUUUUUGCCUCAAUGUGCACUACUCCGAACUGGUGAAGUUGCUCGGGGGUGCAAUAGCAGGUCUGCACACCAUGACUGAUGAACACUUUGGCAUCGUUGUGGUGGAGUAUAUGGCUGCGGGAGCCGUUCCCAUUGCGCACAAUUCGGCAGGCCCAAAACUGGAUAUUGUGGUCAAUGAAGGUGGACACCGGACAGGGUUUCUUGCCAGUAGCGUCUCUGAGUUUGCAGAUGCUAUGUGCCAUGUGGUUACACUGCCAGCUAAUGAGAGAAUGGAGAUAGCGCAAGCAGCUAGAGUUCGUGCAGCCCUCUUUUCUGAAUCUGAGUUUGAUUCAGCAUUCAAGAAAGCUAUGAAUCCCUUAAUUGAGCAAGCGUUUAGAUUUGCUUGUAACGCCGAAUCUAGAUGAAGAGGAAGGAAUGGGUACCGAAGGAUGUCUGGAAGUUUCCGAUUCUGUAGGCAUUAUUGUUGGCAUCCCUUGCGCGUGGGCUUCGGCGUUGCAGUGGUGUCCCAUCAAUCUUUUCACGCGCAUCAUAGUCGGACCUUGUACAAAGAGGAGGGCAGGAGAAAAGUGGUGCUGGUCGCCAUGCUCAUAUCUAAGUGCAAUUUUAGCCUUCAAAUUGAGAUGUUUCUACUUGUAACAUUGGAAUGGAGCAGAAGGUCUCUAUCAUUGAGAACUUCAACGUUAAAACUGGCUCAAUAUCGGAUAUGUUAUUAGAUUUAGGAACAAAUUCAAGAGGGAAUGUCCAGGCAGGCUUUUCAGUUUUUGUGAUUUUUAGAACAGCUGCUGUGGGAGUAGGACGAAGGGUUAACGACCCUUGAAUAUCUGGUUAAGCUAUCAUACAAGCCGUCAUAUUACCUAC